AUGAUGGCUCCAGCAGAUUCCGUGUCUGGUCUCUUGAUCCUCCGCUGUGUUGUGGCAGAUGGAAAUUCCACCAGAAGUCCUGAUAGCACUGUCCUUCUCUGUGGAGAUCCUGGCGAAAACUGCACAGCUACUACCACCACACAAUCAAAGUGGAGAGACCACUUCUCUCGGUGCCCCAAGCAAUACAAGCAUUAUUGCCUCAAAGGGAGAUGUCGGUUCCUGGUGGCAGAGCAGACGCCCUCUUGUGUCUGUGAAGAAGGCUAUGCUGGGGCGAGAUGUGAGAGAAUUGACUUGUUUUACCUGAGAGAAGAUAGAGGGCAAGUUGUGGUGAUUUGCUUGAUAGCAGUAAUGGUGUUUUUUAUCAUUCUGGUGGUUGGUGUCUGCGCAUGCUGUCAUCCUCUUCAGAAACGUCGUAAAAGAAGAAAGAAAGAAGAAGAAAUGGAAGCUCUGGGUAAAGAUACAACUCCAAUAAAUGAAAAUAUUCAAGAGACUAGUAUUGCUUAAUGAUUAUGAAAAUAUCUCCAGGCUGUUGGGAAGCUGAAAACUGCCUUAUACUUUUGGAAAUGGACAGAAGGUGUCUCAGGAAAACAGCUAAAGUGAACUGUAAAAAAUGUGUUUACUUUUUG